UAUCGAUUAAUCUAUUAGGCAUUAGCUGUAUCAAAUAAUUUCAUAGUUCUUUUUUUUCCGCAUUCGUUUGUCGUCAUUCGUCAUUACCUAUCGGAGUUUAAUGUGGUGGUCUUGUUGAUACUUGUUGUGUCUUCAAGUUUAAACUACAAAUAUCGCGGUUUCAUUUUAUAACGUAUUACUUCGAAAUGAAUAAAUUUAUAACAUCUUUUCGUUCACUUAAAAGACAACAUGAGGACAAUGAAUUUGAAACCGACAAUCCUGGACCGUCUGAACGCGAACGCGAAUCAGAUAUCCAAGAUAAUAAUAUAUCGUCUAAAAUUAAUGCAACAAUCGAUGAAAAAGAAAAUUACCCAUUAGAUGGUAAAUUUUUUAAGAAGAUUUCAAACACCGGAUCAAAAAUGUCAGUUACUUGUUUAAAUUGCACUAAAAAGAUAAUUGCGUACUCAGGUUCUACCGGGAACUUAUUGAAUCACUAUAAACAUGUGCAUGAUGACUGAAUUAAAGGCAUAUAAAAUGGAGAUUAUAAAAUACAUUUUUGACGCAGAACUCCUAACUUGGGAAGAAGAAGAAAAACGCCCAACCAAAAAAUUAUUACUAUCCUCGGAUCUACAAUAUUAAAUAUUAAUUAUCCGUUUUUUUAUCUAGAUAAAUGUGGUUAUCUUUUAUUUAUUAUCUAGAUAAUUUUUUUAAGUGUUAUCUAUUUAUCUCAUCUAGAUAAAUUUUCAACGCAUUAUCUGUUAUCUUAUCUAGAUAAUUUUAAAGUUAUCUGUGCUCAACACUGCGGCUGUUCCUGAUGGUUAGUCUUCCUCCUCGGUGCCAAACU